CGGGUGUGGGGCGUGAUAAAUAUGUGUUGAGAUCUAUUUGAUCAAGAAGUGUUUUGAAUAUUUUGGAAUUUGAUUUACGUAUUGAUAUUGGUAACUGAGAGUAUAGCCGCGCUGUCCUAACAAAAAAGGAAUUAUGGCUGAUUUGAUUUGAUCUUGCCGGAAUAAAAAAUUUAUAUUCGUCUCCCCUUGUAUUAGUUUUUGUAAUUUUAAAUGUUUCUUUUUGAUCGAUUUUUACUUCACCAUGUAAAAUUUUGUGGAAAAAUUUAAAGUCAGUUUUGAGUCUUCUAAUUUGUAGCGAGUCUACCUUAAAAAUUUGUAGAAGGUCUUGAUAUUCUGGAAUUGGUGUGCGUGGAUUUGACCUAUUGUAUAUAAUACGUAAAUAAGUUUUUUGUAUUUGUUCAAGGUGUUCGAUAUCCUUUUUAAGAUAUGGAUUGAAAACGGGCGAUGCAAAUUCUAUUAUGGGUAAUACGUAUAUUUUAUAUAGUUCGAGUAAUAUUUUAGGAUCAUUAGUUUUUAGAUUUCUUAUUAUUGUAAAUGCUGUUUGAUUUGCUUUGUUAGUUAUAAUUUUGAUGUGCUUUUCCCAUUUUAAAUCGUGUGAAAAAUAAACGCCAAGGUCUCUUAUAGAAUCUUGAUUUGAGACUGUUUUUAUCUUUUGAUUAUUGAGUGUGUAUGUGUGCAAAGGGUUUUUAGGCCCUAUGUGUAAAAGAGAUGUUUUUUCGGCUGAAAGUUUGAGUGAAUUUUCCUCAGCAUAUUUUUCUAGUUUUUUGAUAAACUCUUGUAGGUUAAUUUCAAAGUCUUUAGUGUUUUUAGAGAAUGAGUAUGCUUUAAGAUCGUCUGCAAACAAUUUUAUCUUUACGUCCUUUGUUUCACAGAAACUGGGUAGAUCUGAUAUGUAUAUAAGGAAAAAUAAUGGCCCUAGUAUUGACCCCUGUGGGACGCCUCUAUUUAUAUCCAUUAAAUCAGUUUUAUAAUCUUGGAUCAUCACAGUAAAUUUUCUAUUAGUGAGGUAAUUUUUUAGCAAUUGUAAAAAAGAUCCCCUUAUUCCAAUUUUGUGUAAUUUAUUUAUAAGUUUAUCAUGUGGAACUGUGUCGAAGGCUUUACUAAAAUCAAAAUAUAUGACAUCAAUAAAUUGUUUAUUUUCCAAAGCAAUCGAAAAGUCGUUGAAUGUUUCUAAAAGUUGUGUGGUUACUGAUUUCCCUUUUCGAAAUCCAUGUUGGACGUUAGGGAUAAUUUCAUAUUUUUCUAUAAAAUUAAUUAAUUGAUUGUAUAAUAAUCUUUCGAAGACUUUUGAGAUUGGACAUAAUAGAGAUAUUGGCCGGUAGUCUGAAGGACAGGAUGAAUUUUUAUUUUUCGGAAUGGGUAUAAUUAUGGACUGUUUCCAGAUAUCGGGUAAGUUUGCGCUCAUUGUAAUAUAGUUAAAUAUGUAGUAGAUAGGGUAAGCAAGUGAUUGUGAGCAAUUUUUUAAAAAUAUCUCAGGAAUCAUAUCUGUCGAUAUAUUUGAUUUAUUUGUUAACGAUUUUAAUAUAAAGAAUAUAUCUUCUUGAAAUGAUUGUAUAAAGUUUAAAUAUGGUUUGUUUGUGUGUGUGUUAAUGAGGUUAUUUUUAUUUGAAGAAGAUUUUGGAGUGAGAGAAGGUUUGUGGAUUAGAGAUUUUUGAUUGGAUGGAGAGAGAAUUUGUGAAAAAUAGUUUGAAAAGAGAUUAGCUUUAGAUUUAGCUGAUAUUAGAGGAAGUUUAUUAUUGUCCAAGAGUAUUGGAAUUUGUGUAUUUUUUGUCUUUAAAAGGUUUGUAAUAUGAGUAUAUUUAGUUCGAAUAUUUUUUAAUCGUUUAUUUUCACGAUUUCUAAAGUAUUUCUGUAUUUCUUUAUCUAUUUUUAAUGAUGCAAUUUUAAAUUUUUCUGUUGAGUGUA